UGGCUACUCAUUAACCACGCAGCUCUGUCGAAACCCCCCGACGUGCGUUCGUUCCGCACGCGCCAACUCUCCUCCGCGAGCAGAGCGAGCGAAGCCCCUUGGAACGAGGAAUGUGACCCGGCCGUCGGAGCAGGACGAAGCCGGGACGUCUCACCGACGCAGAGGACGAACCCCGCCAGAACCAGAACCAGCACCAGCACCAGCACUAGGCUCGCCGGACUGGGAUUCCCCUCCUCUCCGGCUGGGGCUCCGGGGCCGGUGGUCGCUGCGAGAGCCUGAGCCCGACUCAGGAAGGCGAGCGAGAGGAAAGGUGGGAGGAGGGAGGAGGGAGGCGAGGGGGACAGGGCGAGGAGCGAGGAGUGGACCGGAGAGGAGACAUGCUCCGCUACGGGUCGGGACGCGCCGCUUCCACCUCCACCACCACCACAGAGGACUCUCCAGAGGCGUUGAGUGAGAGGAGGAUCAGACGACUCAGGUUGACUCUGCAUGCGGGCGACAGUGGAAAGAAGGAGCCCAGGACUGCAAGCGCAGACAAAGAGAACGACGUGAACGGGCCGUGGAGGAAGAAGAACGGGCUGAUCCACAGAGAGAGGCCGGCCGGCAGGGAGUCUCCUCCACAGCACUCCAGGGACGCGGCCAAUGGGGCGCCAGAGACCUCGCUGCAGCAUCAUGGACCCAAGGUGUACGGCGUGGUGCAGAGGACGGGCUCGGACACGCAGCAGGAGGUGGUGAUGGCGCGGGAGUGGACCUUCAGCCACCUUCAGGAUGAGAUGAAGUACAUCAGGGAGGUUAGAGAUUCUCUGGAGAAGGUGAGGGAGAGAAUGUACGGCCAGUUCGGAGGAAUGCAGCAGUCAAUGCAGAAGCUUUCUGAGGAAAUCCGGACGGCCAAUGUGCAUCGAAGGAGUCUGGAGUCGGAGGUGAGGAUCCGCACGGCAGCCAUGGACAGCUUCGACCAGAUGAACAGCUCCCUGAUAUCUGCUAACAUCAGCCUGCAGAAAUCCCUCCUGGAGAACUGUCAGAACCGAGUGGACGCCAGAGAGGACUUGAAGAGCUUGCGGAGCAGUUAUGAAAAAACACAAGAUCAACUCCGAGCCGUGGAGCGAGAGCUGGCCACCGCCAAGACGGAGAACCAGACGCUGAGGCUGCAGGUGGAGUCCUCACAGGAGGCGACCGCUCUGGCGCUGCAGGGGCUGUCGGCGAAGCUGCAGAGGGAGUACGAGGAAAAGCUGCAGGAGGAGCAGCGGAAGCACAGAGAGGAGAUCGAGCAGCUGCAGGCCCAACUCGAUGACUACAUCGGGCGACUGGAGGAAGCAGAGAGGAACCUCAGGACCGCAGAGGCCAAGAUCGCUGAGCGGGACCAGAGGAUCGCCGAGGUGGAGCGUCUGCUGGACUGCAUGGGAACGGAGAAGAGUCAACUCCUGAAGAAGCUGCAGGAAUGUGAAGAGCGCCUGCGCUCCAUGGCCAAGACGGACACCGUUGACUCAGCUGUUGCCAAAAGGUCCAAAGAGCUGCAGACGGAAGCUGGGGACCUCCGGGAGAGGAUCAAACACCUCAACGACAUGGUGUUCUGCCAGCAGAGGAAGGUCAAAGGAAUGAUCGAGGAGGUCGAGUCGCUGCGAGCUCAGGUCGCCCAGAAGGACAUGUUCAUCUCAGAGCUUCUGGACAGGAUCGCGAUCGUGGAGUGUGAGAAUAAUGAGUUAGAAGACAAGCUGAAGUAUUUUGUGUCCAAACAGAGUAAAUCGCAGGAGCGCUCGGAGACGCGGGAAGUGGGAGUAGGCUGUGAUCUGCUCCCCAGACACCAGGAACAGAGGCUCUGUGCGCCUCCUGUUCAGACUGAGCCCACUCACCUCCAUCCCGCACAGCACCCACCCCCCGCUCAGACUCCAUCCCCUGCUCCACCCCCAUCCGCCCCGCCGCCCCCCUCCCCCACGCAUCCUCCACCCACCACCCAGGCGUCCGCGCCUCCAUCUCCCACUCAGCAUCAUCCAUCCCUUUACCUGACCACGAGCCUCCAGCCCAGAACAUUCACGCCUAGCCACCCUCCGCCCAGCAGGUUGGAGUCCAGCUUGCUGAGGUACAGCCCGGUGCAGUACAGCCGCUUCCUGCAGUCCAGCCCCCCGGGGUCGCUGCCCUUCCCCCGCCCGUCGGCUCCGGCCCAGUCGGGGGCGGAUGAGGUGGAUUCAGAAAGAAAUGCGGACGCACACCCAAGUCCGAAAGAGUCGACUUCACCCUCAGCCUCUUCUCAGUCAAGACCAAGAAUUCAGGUCAAUACACCGUUCAUGAAACUAAUGGAAAUGACGGCCAAGAUUAACAUAGAAUAAUAUGCAAUAGAUCGGCAUCUGAGCACAGUGCAGCACACGCCGCCAUCGUUUCUGAUGGUAGGAGCUAAUACCUGGAUACCGUAGCUUAGCGACAGUGGGACUGAUGAUUACGUCCAUCACUUUAUACCAGUUAUGGGAGGAAUUAGCAGGAAAUGCCAACAAAUACUUCCCCAUCAACUAACAAAUAGAUGUUUUUACCUGUUAUUUAUCCUAAUAGAGCUCAUAGACCACACAUUACUGAGCAUUAAGGAUUCCGUGGAUGAACAGGGUCGUUCCUCUGCUCCAGUCUCAUAUAAGCUAAGGCACGAGUCCUGCUGUUAUUUUAGCAAAUCUGACCUGUACGUCAUAACUGCAGCAUAGUGAAUGUUCCAGGUCUCGCUGCACAGUUUUUGCCCCUGAAGUAAAAUAUUUUUUUAGCUAUAUUUUGCGUACUACUGUACAUUCUUUUUUUUAGCGACAUGCGACAGAUUCAUUUUCAAACUCAGUCUCUUUGUGUCACACAUGGUUAAGUGUGAUUCCGGAUAAUGAUGCCUCAUGUUUGCACACAGUUCCUCGCUCUAGGGUGUAAAUAAUCUGAUGUUUUGUUGUAUAUUGUAAAUAAUGCACUGAAGGAUUCUAUUUUGUUUACAGCGACUGUAGCCUCCUCUUCCUAUGAGCAUUCAGGCCCGUAUGAAGGUUCAUGAGGUUGAUGUGUAUUUCCCAUCACAUUUUUAUAUAUUGGCCCUAUGCAAAUGAAACAAAUGCUAUUUUGUUAAGUAUAGUUAUAAUAUUUAUUAUCAUGUUUUGAGCCUACUAUCUGACACGGGUGGUGGGAAAGAAUGACUUGGCAACAGGGUGAAGUAAAUUUCUAACCUGACGAUGAACCAGUUGAACCAGAGAUGAAGCGCCUGCCAUUGCUGAGCCACAGACGGGAGCAUUGUCCAGCUAUCGUAUUCACUGCCACAGCUUCAUUUGAAAUAAUUGACGUGCCUUUUCCAUAUCGAUGCAUAUCAAACUAUGAUUCAUGAAGAAAGCCCAGCGUAUGUUUGCAUAAUAAAGAAUAUACCAUAA